AUAUUUCAAAGCUUCAUCCGAUGACUCAAACUUUUCAAGACGACUUUUCAGAAACUGAAAGGAACAUUCAACAAUUGGAUGAAAAGAACUUCCCAAAGCUGACACUAGAUGUCAGCCAGACAUCACGAGAUAUCUUCAAGCUGUAGUUUAGACAUCCAGAAAGUUGAAUUUUGCAGUUUUAAAUGCCUGUGACCAUAAUGGUGUAACCGACCGUAAGUCAUACUGUAGCCUGUGGUCACUUUUUGCUUUGUUUCAUGGCUCAUAGAUGCUGGGUGAGAAUGAAAUAUGCUGUGUAAACUGCGCAGAUCCCCUUUUAUGAUGGUAGGGACCAUACUCAUGCGCUGGCUACAGCGGGCCAAUCACAACUCCCUGUUACUCGCCCCGGCUUUGGCUCCUCACGAGGUGGAUAUCAUCAUGUGAACUGAUGAAAGUGUUCAUCAAACGCUUUGUAGUCAGCUCGAGGCCAUCGCCAGGAAGUCAUAUCACUGCAUACACUGGUUAUGUGCAAAGACAAACUUUGUAGGCUUUGUAGUUGCUGUUUUAACAAUGGAAUACGUUCAGCUGAGUGAAAACAGGUUGCAAAUCAUUACAUAGAAAUAAUUAUAAUGUCUGUCAGUUUUUGGUUUCGCUGGGCGCGCUCCCUCCCACUUUCAGCACUUCUCUUCUCAACAGACGCGCGCUGCGCUUUUACGCACGACAGUGUGGAGGAGAGCACAGUGCCAUGAAGACCGUCAGUGUGUGAGCGUUUGGCUGCCACCACAGCAAGAAGAUGAUCCUGCUGCCUGGUCUGCUUUUUAUUCUCUGGGGAGAACCGGGUCGGUGCCUGGAGGAGAAUGCAGGCUUCACUUUCGAUGGAGACAUCCGCCACUUCGCCGUGGCCAACGACACGGUUUACAUCGCCACAGAGGAGAAGCUGUACCAGCUGAGACACGACCUGACUCUGGUCCAGAGUCUGACCCAGAGAGGAAUCUUGAAGGGAAGUUAUCAGACGAACGAUGCUGAGUUUUCCCGGGUUUCUGAGACGGACAAGUGGAACGCAACUUUCAGCGUCAACGUGUUAUUAGCGCUUGUUCAGGAGGACACUUUGAUCAGCUGCGGUGUGAUCGGCUGCGGUUACUGCGAGGUGCUGGACCUGAGGAACAUUUCAAACGUACAGUACAAGGAGCACAUCAGGGUGGGAUCCCCGUGGCGCAGCAGCGCGUCCGUCGGCUUCCUGGUGGAUGUAGAGGAGACAGUUACGGAGACAUACAUUCUGAGUGCCAUAGAGCGAAAUGAAGGCAAACCCACAGAGACCGGCUGCUCAGUAUCAGAAGCGGUGUUCCUUCAUAAUACGAAUAACAGACAGGACAGAGGUAUAUUCUCUCACUCUGACAAGCACAUUGCCCCUGUAAUCAAAGGCAGGCACACGGAUGGCAAUGUGGAGUUUGUGGAUGGAUUUCAGAUCAAUUCAAUCAUUUAUCUUUUCUCCAUCCUGCCUUUAAAUCAACAAAGCAACGCCAUCCGUCUCAUUUGGCUCGAGGGCAAAACGAGCAAAAGGGAGACUCUCAAAUCGCUGCGGGGCGCGACUCUCCGUGUCUCUGAUGAUGGUAAAGGCAGCAGACUCAUCGCCUCCGCGGUGAUCCCGGGUGGGCCGCCGGUGCUCUGGAGCGGCGUGUUCAGUGUGGACGGAGGAGAAACCAACACCGAGCUGCUGCUGUUUGACAUCAGCCCGGAUCUCACCGGAGCCACAGAUGCAGAUCCAGACUUCUGUAGUGUCUGCAAUGGCAGAGGAACGACGCCAAAGACACUGAAGCCAAAGGCAGUUCUCUUCAGGCAGAACAACAUGACCUCUGUGCUGGCAGUGACACAGAAGGCCUGGAUGGUUUUCUUCAUUGGGACGGGAGAUGGGCAGCUCAUUAAGCUUGCUGUGGACAGGAACUAUCACACCACCUGUCCCACGGUGCUCUACAGGGCCAACGAUGACCACAAAGUGUUUCCCAAAAUGCAUCUGGAUCAAGUGGACCUUAAACAUGUGUACCUGCCAUUUCAAAACCAGAUGAAGCGUGUGUCUGUGUCAAAGUGCAGCACAUACACAAAAGUGCAGGACUGUUGGUCUGCUCAGGACCCAUACUGCAUCUGGUGUGGCUCUAAAACAAGAUGCACAUUUGAAGACGACUGCCAAGAUUCAGACUGGUUAUCCAUUCCUGAUGAUUUUCAACACAGAAUGGUUUCCCACAGAGUUGUAAAGGACGACACCGACCAGAUCACACUUAACAUCCAGACACACCUGACUGUGGGCCAGACGGCACGAGCUAACUUUAACUGUCAAUGCUCAUCAAGUCCCAGUGGUUUCAUCCUCUGGGAAAAUCCUCCCCCACAGUUUCCACAAUGCAGCUGCUCCCUUUCAAACAAAACACUUCCUGCUGAAGGCCUGCACAUCACAGUUAAGCUGAGACUUGGGACGACACAAUGGUCGCAUCAUUUGAGGCUAUUCAACUGCUCUGACAUCAGGGGACCGCCAACUUCUGUCCUGUGUCGGCGGUGUAUUGAGGCUGGAUGUGGCUGGAGCACAAACAGCUGUUCCUGGGCAAAUCAAGGAGUGGGGGAUGACAGUGUUUGCCAAAAAAUAGACUCAGGGGUGACAUUUUCUAGACCAGAGAUCACCUCCAUCACUCCCAGCGUUGUGUCUUUCUAUGGCAGAAACCAUGCGGUGUUGUCAGGUUAUAACCUCAGUGAUGUGACCAGAGUGAGGAUCCAGGCGGACAUGGACUGCACUCCACGAGAAUCUCCUGUGUGGAACAACACUGGUGUGAAACUGAUGUUCCACAUUCCCAGUGCUGAUAAUAAAGGUGUGUUCAAAGCAUGUGUUCUCCUCCCAGACGGUAGUUGCCACGGCAACACUAAAAUCACCUACCGCUCAUCCCCAUCCUGCAACAAAAUUGCACCAAGCAGCACCUGGAUCAGUGGGAAGAGGAAUAUCAAACUCAUGGGAUCGCAUCUGGAGUUUGUGGAAGGAGUCAUGCACAGCCAUGCCCAGCAUGAAAUCAUAACUCCCAGAAACAGACACUCUCAGAGUCUCACUUAUGACACACCUGCAGUUGAAAAAGGGAUUUCUACCAGCACUGUGUUUUUGAUAGUCGCCAAUGAAACCUUGGCCUGCUCCACAGUAACCUACUACCCAGACCCCGAGUUCAUUAACUUCACAUCAACAAGGACGGGAAAGGUUGUGCGCAUCGAUAUACAGAAAAAAGCAGACAAACUGGAAAUGACCCCAGCAGAGCUGUCAGUGUGGGGCGUUAAGGAAGGAAAACAAUACCCCUGCAUUUUCAAAGAACACAGUAACAACACUGACUUUUUCAGCUGUGAAAUUCAAAACACAACCAGCGCUAAAUUUGAGGAGUUAAUGAUUAAGUAUGGAAACAAGACAGUACUACUGAACAAUAAAUCUUCAUUUCAUCUGUACCUGAUACUGCUGGUCUUUUUGCUGAUACCUUGCAUUAUUGUUGUGGUGGUGAUCGUCUACCAAAGCAAACAGAAGAAGCUCACUGCUAAGAUGAACAAGCGUAUGGAAGACCUUGAACUCGACAUCAGGAAUGACAUUAGACAAGGUUUUGUGGAUCUGCAGACAGAGAAAACUGACCUGAUGGAAAAUGUUGGAGCGAUUCCUUUCCUGGACUACAAGCACUUUGCCUCCAGGAUCUUUUUUCCUGAGAGUGAAUCUUUGAUGACAUUGUGCAUCAAAGACAUCGGUCAGGAUGCAGUGAAAGUUCAACUUGACGAGUGUUGCCAGGGCUUGUCCAGGCUGAUCCAGGACCAGCUCUUCCUCACAUCCAUGGUGCAUGCUCUGGAAGAGCAGAAGAGCUUCACCAUCAAAGACAAAUGUGCGUUGGCGUCAUUAGUGACGGUAGCGCUCCACAACAACUUGUCAUACUUAACCGAGGUAAUGGAGGCUCUGCUGAAGGAUCUGAUGCGUCAGAACAGCAACACUCAGCCCAAACUGCUGCUACGACGCACUGAGUCCACUGUGGAAAAACUGCUGACCAACUGGAUGUCCAUCUGCCUUUAUGGCUUCCUCAGGGAAAGUGUUGGCCAGCACCUGUUCCUGAUGGUCAGCGCUCUCACGCAGCAGACAGCCAAAGGACCUGUGGACUGUGUGACAGAGAAAGCUCUGUACACACUCAGCGAGGACUGGCUGCUGUGGCAGGCUCCGGACUUCAGCUCCCUGAAGCUGAAGGUGCUGUUUGCAGUGGGCAGUGACGGAGAGGUCAGCGAGCCUCUGGAGGUGAACGCUCUCAGCUGUGACUCAAUAGAACAAGUCAAAGAGAAAAUUCUGUCCACCUUCAAGGCCAAGUUUGGUUUCCCCUACAACACCCCCCUCAGGGACAUUUCUAUCGAGUAUGAGAGGGAUGGAUUGUUCGUUCCUCUUCAGGAAGUAGAUGCGAGCUCUGAGGUUAUCGGGGAGGUGACAAUGCUCAACACACUCGAGCACUACAAGGUUCCUGAUGGAGCGACAAUCAAAGUGCUUUCUAGAAAAAAUCAUCCUCCUCUGAGCCCGCAGGGGAGUCUGAAGGAUGAUGAGAACUUCUCUGGAAAAUACUUCCACUUGAUUGAUCCUGAUGUAGACGAGGACCAAAGAAAGAACCCAGAGAGGAAGAAGUUAAAACUGAAGGAAGUGCACCUCACCAAGCUGCUCUCCACCAAGGUGGCGGUACAUUCAUUUGUGGAGAACCUGUUCAGAUCCAUCUGGGGGACGCCGCACAGCAGAGUCCCGCUUGCUGUCAAGUACUUCUUUGACUUCCUUGACACUCAGGCAGACAACAUGAAGAUCACUGACCCAGAUGUCCUGCACAUCUGGAAGACCAACAGUUUGCCUCUGCGCUUCUGGGUCAACAUCCUGAAAAACCCUCAGUUUGUUUUCGACAUGGAGAAGACUCCACAACAAGAAAGCUGUCUGUCUGUCAUUGCUCAGGCCUUCAUGGACUCUUUCUCCCUCAGUGAGACCCAGCUGGGAAAGUAUGCACCAACCAACAAGCUGCUCUACGCCAAAGACAUUCCCAAGUUCAAACAGGAAGUAAAGACUUACUACAAACAUAUCAGAGACCAGUCACCAGUCACAGACUCAGAAUUCAAGAAAUUCCUGCAGGAAGAGUCGAAGAAACAUGAAAAUGAGUUCAACGAAGCCGCAGCCCUCAGAGAGCUCUAUAAGUUCAUGCAGCGAUACUUCACUGAGAUCAAAGAGAAGCUGGACCAAAAUGGAGCCCCCACUGAGGUGACAGAGCAACUGCAUCAUGUUAAAAACUUAUUUGAUGGACUAAAAAGCUGCUCCUGGGACUAAGCUGCCAUCCUGUCACUUAUAUUAAAUAACUCUGACCGACACAGUGAGAGGAGCGAGGAGAACUCCUGCAUGCAUCAUCCCUUGUUACAAAGAUGGAGAUGAGGUACUGAGUUAAGGAAUUACAAGAGGAGCAGAGAGAAGCUGUUCACCUUUUCUGUAAUGUCUUGAGUCAGUGGGGAGUUUUGUAUCUUACAAUUUAAAACAAAGGCCUUAUCGGACUUCUGAUUACAUCAGGGAAGAAAAUCCUGAAACUGAAUCUUGGAAGUUUGGGGCCUUGAAGUGAAAUCCGAAGUCCAUCACCUGUUGGUAGCGUACAUUGUAUAAAAGGACCUUUUUUGAAUGUAACACAUCUGCUGGUCAUGUGUCUGAAUGUCUUGUUCAGUACUGCAGUUUAACAUGAAAAACUACUACUUCAAAAACACGUUUGUGCCACACGAUGACAGUGUGUGUGCCGGCUCUUCAGUCAUCUUGUCAAAACCACACGUUAGGAAAAAAUCUGUACAUUAUUCUAGUAUUAACAGCCUGUAUAAACAUUGUGCAAUUCACAGCUUGUAGUGCCUUUUAUCAACUCCUCUGUGUAGCUUCAGAGCAAACGUGUGUAAACAACAAACAUCUCAAUACAAAAAUCAAACCCUGAA